ACUCGGCCGGCCGCAGUCGGUCGUCCAUCUCUCAGUGGGGGGUUGAAGCGCGGAGGCUUUCUCUGUCUCUUCCUCUCCAACCAGGCGCCUCUCGCCAACAAAAUGGGUCCCUUCCUAGCUUUCUGCUCCAUGCUGGCGCUGGUGUCGGCGGGGCCCGCCCAGUACUUCAGGGAGGAGUUCGGGGAUGGAGAUGCCUGGACAAGCCGUUGGGUAGAAUCCAAGCACAAAUCGGACUAUGGGAAAUUUAUACUUACGUCUGGCAAAUUCUAUGGAGAUGCAGAAAAAGACAAAGGACUUCAGACGAGCCAGGAUGCUCGCUUCUAUGCUAUCUCUGCUCAUUUUGAGCCUUUCAGCAACAAGGACAAGACCCUUGUGGUGCAGUUUACAGUGAAACAUGAACAAAACAUUGACUGUGGCGGUGGCUAUGUGAAACUCUUCCCUUCAAGUCUGAACCAAGAAGAUAUGCAUGGGGAUUCUGAAUACAACAUCAUGUUUGGUCCAGAUAUUUGUGGCCCUGGUACCAAGAAAGUUCAUGUUAUUUUCAACUACAAAGGCAAAAAUGUAUUGAUCAAUAAAGACAUCCGUUGUAAAGAUGAUGAGUUCACCCAUCUCUAUACCCUCAUUGUUCGACCUGAUAACACUUAUGAGGUGAAGAUUGACAAUAACAAAGUUGAGUCUGGUAGCUUGGAGGAUGACUGGGAUUUCCUGCCUCCUAAGAAAAUUAAGGAUCCAGAGGCAAAAAAACCCGAUGACUGGGAUGAAAGAGCUAAGAUAGAUGAUCCUGAAGACUCAAAACCAGAGGACUGGGAUAAACCAGAGCAUAUUCCUGAUCCUGAUGCCAAAAAGCCUGAGGACUGGGAUGAAGAGAUGGAUGGAGAAUGGGAGCCACCAGUAAUCCAGAAUCCGGAAUACAAGGGAGAGUGGAAACCUCGUCAGAUCGACAAUCCCAACUACAAAGGAAAAUGGAUUCAUCCUGAGAUAGAUAAUCCUGAAUACACACCUGAUCUCAACCUGUAUUCCUAUGAGAAUUUUGGUAUCAUUGGCUUGGACUUGUGGCAGGUCAAGUCUGGCACAAUCUUUGACAAUUUCCUGAUCACUGAUGAUGAAAAGUUUGCUGAAGAAUUUGGUAAUGAAACCUGGGGUGCCACUAAGGAUGCUGAGAAGAAAAUGAAAGAGCAGCAGGAUGAGGAACAACGAAAGAAACAAGAGGAGGAAGACAAGAAGAAGAAGGAGGAAGAGGGAGAAGAUGAUGCUGAGGGUGAAGAUAAUGAGGAGGAAGAUGAUGAGGACGAAGAAGAAGAAAAAGAAGAGGAGGAAGACACAGAGGGCCCACUGAAGGAUGAGCUGUGAUUGAGGGUUGUUGGGUGUGCUUGUUGGCUGAGCCUUGUCCUGGACCUGUACCACGCAGUCCGCUUGGUUGAACCCAACUAAGGAAAGGGGAUAACAGUAAUGUCUCUAUGAGACACAAGAACUUUCUUUUUUUAUUGGUGUGUUUGUUUGUCUUAACCCCCUUCCCAAAUACCAUCAAAUUAUUCAUUCAUGUCAGUAGAUGGGAACUAGCACCUGCAUCCUGAAAAGGCUAAUUUGUAGGAAUUAAAACCUUUUGAAUUGGGGGAAGAUACCAUUGACCCUUCUUUUUU